UUUAGCACAUUUUCAUACACGUGUCAUUUAUUUUGAUUGCGUUUAUUUACAUUUUAAAAUUAAUACAUAAAGGGAUAUUUACCCCGAAUCGGAUAAUGAACGUCAGCGAGGACUUUAAGCCAGUGCCAACCAAGGCAGCACUGGCGUUACAGAAGAAACAACAGGCCAGCAGCGAUUUUAAGGCUUUGGUGUUCCAGGAACCACAAUAUCAACCGAAAUCGAAAAGGGAAUCGAAGCCGCUAGUCCAGGAGGGAUCACAAACAAGGACAGCCCACAAGAUCAAGGAAGCUGGAAUGGAGUUGAAUCCGGAGUUCGACAUAAAGAAGGCACGCCACGAGGUCCUAAACUUUGCCACUAAGAAUCAGCGCGUCAUCAAGAACAAGCGUAAAAUGGAGAUGUUCCAGCUGGCCAAGCUGGGCGCUAAACCAUUGAAGAAGCCGGAGCGGAACUACAAGGAGCUAAAGGAUGAGCGCCAGCGACUACAUAACAUCCGCGAGGAGCGCAAGAAGUUCCACCAGCUGGGCAAAAACCAAGCCGGUGCCGCUAGCGUCAAGUGCCGGACCAAAACACAGAAGGAUCGCAACCAAAAGAAGCGGGCUCCCGUCUCCGCCAUCGACCAGCACUACGGAAAGGCGCAGCCGAAGUUCAAGGCGAGAAAGUAGAUUGUGCCACGGAAGUGAUUUUACAAAUAAACCUAAUUUAGUUAAACCUCAUGAA